ACUAUGAGAUCGGAUGCUUAGAGCCUUUGUUUAGUCAACAUUUGAUUUUGUCAAAAAGUCAUUCCCUCACAACCACUAAUAGAGAAAUUAAGCAAUGUCUCCCUCACCUUCCGUACCUAUAAGUACCUUCCACUUUGUCACUUUCUUUCCAUCACCUUUUACUUCAUUAAAAUGAAGCUUUGUAAAUUCACAGUUCUUUCUUUACUAUUUUCUCUCCUAUUUCUAACUGUCUCGACAGAACAAUGUGGUAAGCAGGCGGGAGAUGCACGUCGUGCCCCCGGACUCUGUUGCAAUAAAUUUGGCUGGUGUGAUAACACUAAUGUCUAUUGUGGUCCUGGAAAUUGUCAAAGCCAAUGUCCUUCUGGUCCCACUCCGAAGCCACCUACCCUUGGCCCUCGUCCUGGUGGGGACAUCAGCGGUGUAAUCUCAAAUUCUGUGCUUGAUCAGAUUCUUAAGCAUCGCAAUGAUAAUGCCUGUCAAGGAAAGGGUAAUUUCUACAAUUACAAUGCCUUCAUCAAUGCUGUCAGGUCUUUUUGUGGCUUUGGUACCACUCGUGAUAUCAUUGUACGAAAAAGGGAAAUUGCUCAAACCUCCCAUGAAAGUACCGAUAUUACAACAUUUUGGGCAAGCUGGGUGUCCUUUCAUACCCUCCACCUUGAGGAGGGGUUUUGAUUUCUAUACUGGCCAUUGAGUUCCUGGAAUAUGAAGAUGAUGACAUGGUCGAAAACAUUCAAAUUUCCUCUUUUAUUUUUCAGAUUUGGACCUAUCUAUUCUUUACAGACACUAGGCCAACCGCAUGACACAAUCUGGCCCAAACUCGCAAGUAGUAUAUCUAUAAUCUAUAUCUAUAAUAUAUUAAAAGUGUGAAGAUCCUUAUAAAAGUGAUUUGAACUUUUUUCCCUUCAUUAAAAGAUUUUAUAAUAGACAAAAUCGUCUUUUUAUUAUUUUUUUUAAAAUAUAUUAUUAAAAAUUUUUGUUCUUUAAAACCUUUCCUUAUUGGACUUGGCAAGAAAUUCUAAAAUCUAAGACUUCAAAAUCAACUUUACAUAUAUAAAUUU